AUGCAGCGGAAAAGCGUGUACACAAUGUCGCAAGGUGAAAAUGAAGUGUCGCCCCAUUGCUGGGAGCGCAACCUGCGAGCGUUGCACCCGGAAAUCCGCCGAGUGCGUCUUUUUUCAGCAAAAGAGAGGUCGAAAGCCUACAAGGUGAGACAAGCCCAGGCCCAGACACCCGACUCGGCUCAAGCUCAAUUGCGUGGCUAG